GGUGAUUGGUCUCCUCCGCUCGGGUGGGCGGAGCAGGGCGGGAGAGCGGGAAGACGCGGCGGCGAUGGCGGCGCGGCUGGAGCGCGCGAGGGGGGCGCUGGCAGCGCUCGAGGCUGCCCUGGCCGAGGAGGAGGAGGAGGGUGAUGUCCCCACCCGGGUCCUGGUGGAACAUCAAAUGGACACCCGGCGGAAGCAGAAGCUGCUCCUGUCCCAGCUCCGGGUGCUGAAGCUGCUCCUGGGGGUCAUCGAGAACCCGGGGCUGCCCCCGGCCCCCACCAACCUGCGCGAGGCGGCGGCGCAGGCUCGGGGGCGUUGGCGGGAGCUGAAGGCGAAGUAUGGGGGGGCCCUGGGGACCCUGGAGGAGGCCGUGCCCCCCGCCCUGGCCCAGCUGCACCGGGGCCAGCAGCUGCUGCAGCAAGGGAAAGCAGCCCUGGGAGCACGGCUGGAACAGCAAGAAGAGCUGAAGGUGAAGGUGCGUGAGGCCACGGAGAGACGGGACCAGCUGCUCCGGCGGGUUCAGGAGCGGCGCCUGCAGCGGCUCGGCCGGCAGGAGGCGCUGCAGGAGCUGCGGGAGACAGCGGCCAGGGUCGGGGCCUCAUGCCACCUGUACCAGACCCUGGCAGGGGUCCAGGUGCUGCCCCCCUCCCCAGGGACCCCCAAGCUGGAGAUGGAGCUGGAGCUGGGACCCCCUCCUGGCUCCUCCCAUUCUCUGCCCCCCCUUCGCCUGUCCCUCACUCCCAGCGGGGGGGUCCAGCUGCAGGAACCCCCCCUGGGGCUGCCCCCUCCCCUGGGCCCGGGGCUGCUGGAGCUGCAGCUGUGCUGCUGGGAGAGCUGGAGCCUCUGGGCUGAGGUGACACACCUGAGGAACAGGUUCGCCCUGGACUGGCAGCCGGAGUUGGGGCUCCUGCAGGUCCUGGGGGGCCCCCGGGGCGCCCAGACCCUCUGGACACUGCAGCUGGAGCCAGGGUACCCCAAGAGUGGGGGGGUGCGACUGCUGCCCCCCCCAAAGGGGGCCCCCCCCAUCCCUGCACCCCCAGACCCCCCCACUCUGACACAGUGGCUGGAGCUGCUGGUGGGGGGGGGUCCCUGAAACCAGGGGAUCCCCUUCUAUCCCCCCCCCAUAAAAAACCCCACUGCACCCCAAUAAACUCACGGCCACCCCUUCUCCA